UUUUUGGGUUUUUUUUCUCAGAUCCUGCAGGCUCUCGGGAACUCGUACCAUCCCAGCUGUUUCCGCUGUGUGGUUUGCUCCAAGGUUCUGGACGGGGUGCCGUUCACCGUGGACCAUCAAAGCAGCAUCUACUGCGUGGCCGACUACAACAAAGCGUUUGCCCCGAAGUGCGCCGCCUGUUUACAACCCAUCCUACCUACUGAGGGCAGUGAGGAGAUCCUCAGGGUCGUGUCUAUGAACAAAGACUAUCACUUUGAGUGCUACCACUGUGAGGAGUGCGGUAAACA